UUUUAGCUUGAUAACUUAACUUAUCUAUAUAUAUAUAUUAUAAAUGAGUCAACAUAUAAUAACUAGUGAAUUCAUAACAUGAGAGAUGGCAAAAUGUCAUAUUUUCUAGUCCUUUCCAAGUUGCUUGUCUUUCUUGUCGUUUUCGCGGGAGUAAAUUCGUUAUCAGUUCAUGGCCAAUCCGAUGUGUUUGAAGUAUCUGAUUUUGGCGUUGACACUUCUGGAGAUAUAUGGGAUAUAACCCAGGCAUUAGAAAAGGCAUGGAGGCGAGCGUGUGACACCAAAGACGGCAUCGUUUUGAUCCCAAGAGGCACUUUCUUGCUAAACACCGUGACCUUAGACGGUCCAUGCAACGGCUCAACCACUUUGCUACUCAACGGCGACCUCAAGGCUCCCGUGGACCCCUCCGCCAUGGGCGAAGGCUCCGAGGAGAACUGGGUGUUGUUGCGGAACGUUCAAGAUUUGUUCGUCACGGGAAAGGGCUCCUUCGAUGGCCAAGGCGCUAAGUCUUGGCUUCGAAACGAAUGCAAACGUAAACUUGACUGCAUAUCUCUUCCCACGUCUUUGAACCUGGACAACGUAACCAAUGCAUUCAUAGAAGGAAUAACAUCACUGGACAGCAAGUUCUUCCACAUUGCAAUUCGCAGGAGCGAGUCUAUUGUGAUCAAGAAUGUGCUAAUCCAAGCUCCCGAGUUUAGCCACAACACCGAUGGAAUCCAUAUCUCAAAAUCAAACCACAUAACCAUCCACGAUUCAGACAUUGGCACGGGCGACGAUUGCAUCUCGUUGAGCCAGGGGAGCAGGAACAUCCACAUCUAUCGGGUCCGAUGCGGGCCCGGUCACGGCAUCAGCAUUGGCAGCCUCGGAAACCAUGCCAAUGAGGAGGACGUGACCGGGAUCCUCGUCAAUAACUGCACCUUCACAAACACGACCAAUGGGGCUAGGAUCAAAACAUGGGCACCUUCUUUUCAUUCUAGGGUUUCCAAUCUCACGUUUGAAGACAUCGCUCUGAACAACGUCAGCAACCCGAUAUUGAUCGACCAACAUUAUUGCCCGAAUUCGCAUUGCGCCUCCAAGGGGGAGUCAGAAGUCCAGAUCUCGUACGUCGAUUUCCACAACUUCAAGGGCACGUCCCCGGACAACGUGUCGGUCACUCUCAAUUGUAGCGCGUGCAUGCCGUGCGAAGCCAUCGUGCUAGGGGAGUUGGAUAUAAGCCACACUGGCGGAGGCCCUACAACAUCGGCAUGCGCAAACGUUCACGGAACAUCAUACGGAAGUGUAUCUUCAAUUGCUUGUGGUGAUGAGUACAUUGCCCCAACCGGAGAUAUUGGGAUGGCCCCGCGUAGUGACAUUGCCCCGAGUGACGACGAGGGUCAUAUCAAUUCAUGCAGUAAUGCAUCAAUUGCUCCGAGCCCCGAAGAUCAGAUUCCCCCGAGCGGGGGAGAGCAUGGGAUAAUCGAAUGCAACGACGUAAAAGUCUCCCCUAGCGGUGAGGUUGGGACAAUCCCAUACGAUGGGUUUCAAAUUACCCCAUGCUUGGAGGACGAUGUUGUCCCACGAAAUGGUGUUGGGACAUCUUCGAGCAUGGAGGAUAUAUAAAAAUUUCCCAAGUGAAGAAAUUGUGAGUUAUGAAGAUGAUAGUGUAUCCAAAGAGAAUAAGAAAAAGUGUAGGCUUGUGAAGAUAAAGAAAAUAGUUUAUGUUCC